UGAGGUGGCCCUUAUAUCGUAUAGAUUUAACGUGAAUCGCACAGCGAAGCACGAGAAGGAUGCCAAGUUACAUGAGUCUGGUCAGAUUAAUCAGGCGACGUCUCGUUCUCGGACUCAUCUUCGCUUUGUCAUUGACCUACUGUGCCUUUUCUUUGCUUCGAAAUGAGAAAAGAUCACUAAGCAUAGACAGUGAUCUCGACGAUAUGGAUCCUAUGAUGAUUAAUGAUAACAAUGAGGACCUGAUGUCUGAUGACGACGUACUUUCAGAACAAUCCAAGACAUCCGGUAAAGCUCCGCUAUGGCAGAUGGAACUUCUUGAGCGUGCCUUCAGUGAGAAUGCGGCGAGUGUAGACACCGCUAACCUGAACGAAAGUGAUGCUUCCACUCAACCAUGUCGCAACUCUAUUCAAGGGAAAGCUUUAAUAGUAGAUGAGCGAGGAAUAGUAUGCGCCAGGCACGAGGUUCUACCGAAUGGAUGUUGCAGAAUAGAGCAAAAGCAGAGCCCGAAGAACGAGGAGACGCCGAUUAUGGCCAGGAGGGAGAGAUAUAGCUGCAAAACGUGCAAUCCUCAAGGAUGCUGCACCAUCUACGAAUAUUGCGUCUCCUGUUGCCUGCAUCCUGGCAAGCAAAUCAAAGGUCGGAAGGAUGUGGUGUCGGGCUCCGUGAAGGCGCAGAAGGAGGAGGACGCGGUGAGAACGCGCAUCCGCAAUCUCGACCGCUUCCAGAUCUGCUUAGCCGCCUGUCGCACGUCGAGCGCCAGCGUACGACACGAGAAUACCUACAAGGAUCCCUUCGCCAAGCACUGCUACGCCAUGCAGCCAUCCAAUUCCCAUCAACGGCACCGGCGCGACGUUGUUAACUCAUUAAAUAAUAACGGCGACAGUCCCGCCGUUGUCGUUACUUUUUCUUCUGCGGUGACGUUUCUUGCCCACCUCUCUCCCAAAUGCCGCUCUUCGUACCGUUGUCCCGCACCGUCGUCGAAUGAGUCCUGUACCGUAUUGUCCUGCACCGAUCCCCGCGUUAACGUUAUUUGA